AUUAGCCAUAACUGAAAAAGAAAGUGGGCCAGCCAAACUGGACCUUUCAAGGCCACGUGAUUUUGACUAUCCCCACCGUCCGAUCCGUUUCAUGCGCUAUUCUCUCUCUUUUUUGUUCGGGUUCUCCAUCUUUCCUUUCCUUCCAGUUCCCCACGGAAAACCAUCUUUGAUCUAUCUCUCCCACCCAACUCCCAUCCCUGUUUUUUUUUUUUUUUUUACAGGAUUCUCAUCCCUGUUUUCAAUUUUGAGUUUUCUCUUUCAAUUCAUUCAUUUCAAUAUUUUUCCAAAUCGUAAUGCUUCAGAACUUCCCUCUCCCCACCACCUUCUCUUGAUCUUUCGUUCCCACAAAACGAAGAAAAAAUAAAGAAGGAAAAAGGAAAAAUUAAGAAAAGAAAAAGUAGUAGAACAAAGGAAGAAAGCAAGACUAAACCGGUAACCUCAACCAACACGCCCUACUUUCUCCCAAAUUUUGGAUCGAAGAAAGUUUAGUAACCGUGGUUAAUCGCCUCUCCGCACACCACCGUCCGCCACACGCAACUAACAAUGCUUGACGAGGGCGGGCACAUAAUUGUCCUUUCCAAGCAUCAGCAUUCUCAGAAAUGCUUCCACCCCUAGCCAAUAACACCGCUCUUCUUCUCCUGUGUUCAAUAAUGGUGUUCCCUUUCGUUCUGAGCAUCCCCCAACUCACCGCUGCAGGGCCAACCUAAACUCGUUCCUUCUCCGUAUCUCCCCUUCUCUCCUUUGUUUAUGCUUUUCUUCUUCCUGGUCCUUCCUUCUUUUCUGGGUUACCUCUUGUUGUUGGUUUCUACUGUUCAUCUAUAAUGUCUGAAUUGGUUGCUCGAACUGGUCGACAUCAGCAACGGUACGAGGGAGGUUGUCGCCUUGUGGCUGGGUGUAUCCCAUUUCGGUACAGAGAGUGUGAUGAGAAUGCUGAUACUGAUUCCGAGAAAAUUGUUGAGGUCCUCAUGAUCAACUCCACCAGUGGUCCUGGUUUACUGUUCCCUAAGGGAGGUUGGGAGAACGAUGAAACUGUUAAAGAGGCGGCAGUGAGGGAAGCUAUAGAAGAAGCUGGAGUCCGAGGUGAUAUAUUGGAUUUUAUAGGGGAUUAUCACUUCAAGAGUAAAACACACCAGGAUGACAGUUGCCCCGAAGGGUUGUGUAAAGCUGCCAUGUUUGCAUUGUAUGUAAAAGAAGAGCUGCAGUCAUGGCCAGAGCAAAGUACUCGUACAAGGAGCUGGCUACCUAUUUCCGAGGCAGUUGAGAGUUGCCGACAUAAAUGGAUGGAAGAUGCUUUGAAGCAUUUUACAAAAUGGCUUGAAGAUAAAGAUGUAAACUAGCAGUCACCCAACCUUAUUAUUAAGACUUCAAUCCGAUAAUGUAUGGUAGAAACAGAAGUUUCUAGUGUUAGUGCAUUGUUCAUAAACCCCCAGGCUAUUGAUGAUAUUGAUGAGCAGGGCUAAUUUUCUUAUUAAAUAACCCUAAUAACACAGAUAGUAGAAAGGGGGGAAAUCAAGAAAUAGUUCCUUUUUUG